GGGAGGAAUUUCUUUCACACCCCAGACUUUGGAGGGGUCAGAGCGAGCACUCCAUGCACUGAAGCGUAACGCUGAUGCUCUCCUGCUGCUCUGUGAGGAUGUCGCUGUUUGCCAUGGGUUUUCUCCUAGUCAUCCUUCAGCCAGCCACCGGGCAGUUCCCCAGAGCCUGUGCGAACACGCAGAGCUUGCAGAGGAAGGAGUGCUGUCCUCCCUGGGCUGGAGACGGGUCCCCCUGUGGGGAACUUUCUGGCAGAGGGUCCUGCCAGAACAUCCUGCUCUCCCAGGCUCCACUGGGACCCCAGUUCCCUUUCUCAGGAGUGGAUGACAGAGAGGACUGGCCCUCCGUAUUUUACAACCGGACGUGUAAAUGCGAAGGAAACUUCUUGGGAUUCAACUGUGGUGAGUGCAAGUUUGGAUUCUCAGGAAUCAACUGCACUGAAAGGCAACUGAGAACAAGAAGGAACAUCCUCCAGCUCACCACCAGUGAGAAGGACAAGUUUCUUGCCUACCUCAACCUGGCAAAGAACACCCUCAGCCAGGACUAUGUUAUUGCUACUGGCACGUAUACUCAGAUGAACAAUGGCUCCAACCCCAUGUUCAGAAACAUCAACGUGUAUGAUCUCUUUGUGUGGAUGCAUUAUUAUGCCUCUCGAGACACACUCUUAGGUGGGUCCAAUGUGUGGCGGGACAUUGAUUUUGCUCAUGAAGCCCCUGGUUUUCUGCCUUGGCAUCGGGUCUUUCUGCUGAUGUGGGAACGUGAGAUCCAGAAGAUAACAGGUGAUGAGAAUUUCACCAUCCCCUACUGGGACUGGCGCGAUGCAGAGGAUUGCGUGGUCUGCACUGAUGAAUACAUGGGUGGCAGACAUCCCACCAACCCCAAUUUACUCAGUCCAGCAUCAUUUUUCUCCUCGUGGCAGGUAAUUUGUACUCGGUCUGAAGAGUACAACAGCCAAGAGGCUUUAUGCAGUGGCACAAGUGAGGGGCCUAUACUGCGAAACCCUGGAAACAAUGAUAAAUCAAGGACACCAAGGCUCCCAUCUUCAGCUGAAGUUGAAUUUUGCCUAUCACUAACUCAGUAUGAAUCUGGAUCGAUGGACAAAAUGGCCAAUUACAGUUUCCGAAACACUUUGGAAG